GUUAUCGGCUGCAUUUGGGUUGUUUUUAGUCAUCAUUUCAGUACAGCGGGAAACGGAGCAUGGUGUUGGGCGCUUCUAUAUCUUGCCGCUGAUGUCGUUUCACAUCACACCAUGACAUAGCCUCCCGAUGUAUUGUGGCUAGAUUGGGGAUUCGAGAGUAGAAAUAUGGUGCAUGUCUCAACAAGAAUCUCGUGUCGGGAAAGCCUGGAGAUAUGACAUGCACGUAUUCGUCAAGCAAAUCAUGUCAGGCGUUAUAUCGGGUACGGUGGCUAUUAUGCUCAUGUCAUCAAAAGGCGAUUCACCGGAGUUCAUAUUCAGGCCAGUAUACACUUCCUAUCUUUAGUGGAUUGUCUCUACAAUAUUUCCACGUAUUAUACCAAAGUAUAUAGUUGAGAAAGAAUGGCACCAAGUCGCUCUGCACA